AUGUUUAUCAUUCAUAAUUUAAAAUUUUUACUUCUAUAUACUAUUAUUUCCCUUUUGAUAUAUACAUAUUUGUCAGAAGAAUCAAUUGUUGUUAUUAAACGAUUAUCUAAAGAACAAUGUGAUAGAAAUCCAUGUUUAAAUGGAGGAAAAUGUAUUCCUGGUAAUAUUGGAUGUACCUGUACACAAGGAUGGAUGGGAAAAUAUUGUCACAGAAGAUGUCGAAAUAUUUAUAAAAGUUGUGAUAGAUGGGCUAUGGAAGAAAAAUGUGAGGUUGUUAGAAGUCAAACAAACUUUUUUGAUAUCAAUUGUGCAGUUAGUUGUAAUACAUGUAUACCAGACCCUUCAAUUAAACUUACACCAAUUCCAUUAGCACCAGCAUUAGAGCCAGUUCAAUUUAUCUUAGGAAGUUGGUAUUCACAAGCAUCCAAAGGAUUACGUUAUCCAACUGAUAUGUAUGAUGGUGCAUAUGAAGAGACAAUAAAUUUUAUGCCAGCUGAAGUUCCAAUGUUUGGACCACCCUCUUUAAAUGUAACAAGUAUGUCAGUUGUUGGUAAUGAUGUAAGAAUAUCUCAUGGAUUUUUAACAUUAAAACCAAACUCUAAUCCAUUAGAAGGAGCAUUACUAAGUACUAGUAAUGAAGGAUUAAAUAUUGUUGAAUUAGGAACUUUAACAAAUAAUGCUCUAACAUUAAAUAUAACAUAUAUGCAAGUUCAUCCAUCAAUGGAUCCUACAAUUCUACCACUAGGAGGUACAAGAAGAUUUAAAAGAGUAGGCCAAAAUCUUGAGAUGACAGUCGCAAAACUUUUCAAUGACAAUAAAAUUGUCCAAUUUAAAAAAAUAUUUAAAAAAUUAAAAAAUUUUCCACAUUAA